AUGGGAACCACUUCAGGACCACAGUUCCUAUCAGAUGAUGGAUUACCGUACGGUAUGCCAAGUGGAGCAAGCCCCGCGCUGCACCCUAGCACCCCCUUCGGUAAUCCUCCUGCGCUUCAGACCACGGUCGAAGCGGAGCUUCUGGCUCAGAUGACCUCCCUUCGGAGGGAGAUGGCUAAACUCCAAGAACGUAAUAAUCUCCUUUCGUCCAAGGUAGACGAAACCCAACGGUUGCUUAAUCAGCAGGAAACACAAAACAUUCAGGCCACCGAAUCCUCCCAGAGUCAGCAGACCCCCGGUCGGCAGAGGAAGGGAAAGCAGGGGGCAAAGGCAACGCCUGCGCCCUCCAAACAACUGGUGGUCCCGGCUCCCCAGGACCAACCCCACAUACCGAAGAAGGUGUACACCGAUUGUCGUCAUCGGAUCAACGACAAGAAGGAUGCCGAAUGGCAUAGGUCCCUAAUCGGAGUAAACGCCCGCUUGAGGGACUCCCGGAUGAGGGUCCUAGGGGAUAAAUCGCCCCUUCGGAGGGCUCAGGGUUUGGAUUCGGCGCUGGAGUCCGAUGAUGAGUACAUCCCCACCAGGGGCACCGAAUCAAGCUACCGUUCGGAAGCUCCCCCGGAGUACUCGAAGGCGAGAUCACCGAGUCCGAGGAGAACUUCCGAAGACUUUGGUUCCGAGGGCGUAGACCCCGCCAUCCGCCUACUUUUCCAAAGAAUCCAGAAGAUGGAGGAGGACCGAACCCAGUCCCAGGUCCCUGACUGGGGAAAACUUCGGCCAGGACCAUUUAUCGAGCGCAUCAAGAAGUCCAGACCGGACAAGGAGGUGCAGCCGUUGCGCAUACCCUUCUAUACCGGUGUGGAGGACCCUUUGACGCACCUUCACUCCUUCCAAUCGGCAGUUGGUGUAAGGGCCUCAGCGACGAGAGGCAAUGCCUGCUGUUUCCAUCAUCCCUUACCGGGGCUACACUGA